UUUUUUUCUCCUUCUCCGGAGCAGGAGAGCCGCAGAGGGCCACGAGAGGUGCCACGCCGCGCCGCGCCGCGCCGCGUGACGUAACGCCCGCCCGCUGUAUAUAAAGGCGCACGCCGCUUGUCUCCGCCACAACACACGCCAGUCCUCCACCAUCUCCACCUCCUCCACCAUGAAGACCUUCCAGGUUGUGAUCAUGGCCGUCGCCGCCGUCGCCCUCGCCGCCGCCGCGCCGCGCCCCGACAGCCCACCCCAGUACGGCCCACCGCCCCCACACUACAAGGAGCCCGGGAUGCCCUACGACUUCGCCUACGCCGUCAAGGACGACUACACCGGCAACGACUUCGGCCAACAAGAGAGCAGCGACGGACACGUGACCAGCGGGUCGUACUACGUGGCGCUGCCCGACGGCCGCGUGCAGAAGGUGUCCUUCACAGCGGACCACGAGGGCGGCUACGUGGCCGACGUCACCUACGAGGGCGAGGCCACCUACCCCGCCCACCCCGCUCCGCCCGCCUAUGGGCCCCCUGCCCCUUACGCCUAGAUCUCUCCGCCGCCCCCUGGCCAGUAACUUAUUGACCCCGCCCCCCGCGGGGUGCCCCUCUUGUAAAUAAAGAUUU